UAUCAGCUACAGACCAGGGGCUGGAGCCGUUUCCUAUCGCUGUUGCCGUGUUUCGAUUAACGCGCAAAAACUGGAAAAAGUUAUCACUCUGCUUUUAAUAACAGUGAACAAAAAUACGAUUAAGGAAAGUCGUAUUAUUAAACGAAAGAGUAAAAAUAACUCUUUAUACCUUAUUUUUGUACCCUUUCGUUUAAUAACGAGACGUUUCACACACAAACACUUCGGUAUUAUUGUGUUAAUAUACGAUUCUACUCUCUUUUGUGCGUUUUAAUUUAGGGAUAGAUGAGCCUCUUAUUUCAUUGUAUACGCUGGCUCAAGCGAUUCCGUGCUUCCGGUGGGAAACGUGCGUUUCCUCACGAGUAACAGCAAAUACCGAAGUGCUUGUGUGUGAGACGUCUUAUCUGCUUUGGGCGCACAGAGAUUAGGUGGGACAGUCGAGCUCCCGGGAUUGUAGAAGCCGGAUUUGAGUUUGAGCCACCUGGAGAGGUACGAUAGGAGCUUCACCACAGCUCCGCCUAGCGGUGGCGCGGAAUACGACACCACGAACCUGAGCUGGAGCCUGCUUUAAAAACGCGAUUGAAAGAAGAGCCUGUCGUGCGUUUGUCAAGGUGGCCAUCCCUCGUGUGAAAUCCGAUUUGGUUGGCGGCGACACGACAUACAUAGCAGAUUACAAACUAACAGCUAUCAGAAAACUGAUGUGUUUUGAUACAGACGUGAUGAAUGUUUCUUUACAACGAGGGUGGUGAGUGUCUGGAACAACCCGCUCGGCGGUAUUAUAUAUGAUGAGUAAACAAUUAUGAAUCUGCCGGCUGAGACACUCUGAUCAAUAAAUUACAAGCAACCAAAGAAGAAGGGUGACUGGAAAUAUACUGAAUAUCUUCAUAGAAUGUAAAUACGCGAUAAUUCUGUGUGUUUUAAAGUUUUUUUCGUCAAUUUUUCUAAUUUGUAAACUAUUCAAACUUUAAUGUUCUGUGAAGUACGAAGCACUGUGAAUCUGGGAUGUGCGUGAUGUGCAGAAAGCUCCAUCUUGCGGCAAAAAGUGGAAAUUACACUUCCAACACGCUACUGUGCAAGAAGGUCAGACAAAUGUCCUCCUGCCCUCGUUAUCAGCAACACUUUUUCAAUUCACUUGCACAGUUUGUGCAUUCGCCCAAAAUAGCCCUGAGAUGCAAACCUUUCAUGUAUUUAGUGAAGACAUUUUCCUGUACACCCCACUCUUCGACUCACUGUCAAAAGCAAUUUCAGCUCAUAUGCGGAACUGAUGUGCACCUUAAAGGCAAGUGAUUUUGAAUUUUUGAAUGCAUGUCGUCUCCCAACCUGAAAACCAAUGUGAAAAAUGCAUUCAUGAGGAUUUUUUUCGAAACCACGCUGAAAAUUAAACCAAUAAAAACACCAAUUGCUAAGUGACAGAGUUAUGUCUUUAUUAUUGACUGGAAGCAGGACGAAAGCACUGUUCACUGCAGAAGAAUGCGGAUGGAGUUGAAGAGGAUUUGGAAAAGCAGUGGUGCGCUCGAGGGUAUUACCCCAGCCCUGGCAUUUAUCCCAGGGUUCGGCCCAUAGAGGAGGGGUCCCAGCCGGCUCAUCCACCCCUAGUGCUGCCCCCUCCUGGGCCACAGAUCAGGCGCCGGGGUGCGAAACUGCAUCACCAGCUGACGCCACUAGGGGAGGCCGGACUUUGCAAACUCUGCAACAACGUCUGCAGCAGAAGUCGAACCCGCAGCCUUUCGGCGGGGAGCCUGUGGUCUAGACUACUCUUCCUUCCCGCGUGCAGAUCCUGGCCACCUUGAAAAGAUGGCCUCUUUUUGUAGAUUGCCAGACCUACACUUCCCCCAGAAAGCCUGACGUCAGGAGAGUUCAGGAUCUCUGGGUGGAAAGACGAACCUCCAUGAAGCCUUUGCACAGCAACGCACACAAACUCUUCCCCCACAGAGCCACGGGAGAGUUUAACGAGCUUAACGAUCACCCAGCAAUGAAGAGAUGCCCAGCGAGGCUGUCCAGCGGGUGGCAAACACAGCAGCAUGCUGACGGCCCAGCAUCACACCCCUUAACCAAAAGCAACUUGUCCUUCAGGGCACAAGGCAAACAGGUGACUUAUUCACAGUAUUUGUUUGUUCAGCCCUGCGAAUCACACCUCCUGUCGCAUUCUGUGGGGCUAUAAAAAAGGGCAGUUCGGGUGCACAGACAUGAGCUGUAAGCCGUGCAGACCGCAGCAUGAAGGUAAGAGCGCUCCUAUGAACUUCACCGCUCCUGUGACUGCAGAAGGUAAGAGAAGGGACCUGGAGACUCAUUUUGAGAGAUGAAUGGCCUUGACCUCCAUCCUCACAAGGGUCAAUCCCGCCCAGUGUGCACAAGGCAGGUGGGUGGGGUUAACCCCCCUCUUCUGUGAAACCAACACUUAAGGACUCAUUCCGAACUGCCUUAUAUUGUAUUUUGCCUGCAACAUCAGUACGAUCUCCAGGUGAGCCGAAAAAUUGUUUUCACACUUUGCCUUAUAAAAUUGCAACACAAGGCCAAUGACAUUUACUGGGUUACUGAGCUUUUGCGGCAACCCACAACCUCUGUGUCAUACCAUGAUGGUGUCAUUCCUUAGCCCUGACACAAGAUUAAGUGUGCUGUUUCUUUAUCAAAUAAAAUCUACACUUCAAUUCUUAUUCCCCUACCCAAAUUACUUAGAAAAAUACUUUGCUGAAACCCCAUACCAUGCUCCAAACAGGUUGCUCAGACUUGCUUUUUUAAACGUCUCCAAGACAAAGGAAGCGUAGAACAAUAUUCAUCGCCCAGCGAGGAUGAGGGUUAAGGGUGCUCCCUGCCGUGUGUCUCUGACCUCUCUCCCCCCGUCCCAGGCCUGUCUGUUCCUCGCAGCCCUGCUGCCAGCGGCAGUUCACCCUCUGAUGUUCCAGCCCCUGGACUGUGCUGACAUCUACAACGAUGGCUCCACAGCGAGCGGGGUGUACAGGAUAUACCCUGCCGGACCCACCUCCCCCCUCUACGUCUACUGUGACAUGGACACCGAGGGGGGCAAAUGGACUGUAUUUCAGAGAAGGACAGAUGGCACGCUGAAUUUCUACAGAGGCUGGGAGCAAUACAGGAGGGGGUUUGGCCACGCGGCUGGGGAGUACUGGCUGGGGCUGGAAACCAUCCACCUCCUCACCCUGCGGAAGAAGUACGAGCUCAGGGUGGACCUGCAGGACUUCGAAGGGGGUAGAGCCCAUGCCAGUUACUCCUCUUUCUCCCUCUCUCCCCUGGCAGUCAAUGCCGAAGUGGAUGGCUACACACUCCAUAUCAGCGGUUUCCAAGAUGGGGGAGCAGGGGAUUCUCUAACAGCUAUAAACAAUGGGCAGAAAUUUUCCACCUUUGACCGAGACCAGGAUCCUGAGAAUCUCAACUGUGCUGAGGUCUAUUAUGGUGCUUUUUGGUACGGUCCAGGGUGCCAUGUUGCAAACCCAAAUGGACUUUAUCUCUGGGGAAGCUACCCUAGAGGCUGGGUUGGUGUCGUCUGGCAUACCUGGAAAGGAUCUUCUUACUCGCUGAAACAUAUUGAAAUGAAGAUGAGACCUGUGUCGUUAGCACUCUCAGAGACAGUGACAGGUUCUCAGCAAUCCCUGCUGUCUCUUUCUGACCAUGAAAUGCUUAACCAAGACACUGAACCUCUUUAGUUCUUUUCGAGGUUGUGGUUGUGUUGUGUCGUGUAACUACUGUAAGUGAUUUAGCUGAGUAUUUCCAUCAAAUUUGUUCAGUUCUACCACUGCCAGUGGGGGUUUAGAUUAAGCUGGCUGAGCCUCCAGGCUGUUCUCCUGGGGUUUCUCUAAAUAGCCACAGACUAUAACAGUAACUAGGGUGGGAAAAGUCUGUAGCAUGUUAAUGGUUUACUGUGUUUAUGUUAGCAGGGAGAAGGGAGCUGUUACACAGCGGGAAAUGGAUUCUUCCUUUACAGAAUUUUGCUUAGGAAUAAGAAUAAUCAAAGAGAGGGGUACCUAAUGCCAGUUCUGGGGGAUCCACACAUCUGCUGGUUUUUGUUCCACUUGAGCAAUCAAUUAAAUAAUCAAACCCUUCAGAGAACCAAUGACCUCUUUAAUUUGAACUCUUUGAUUGUUUUUCGGUUUCUAAAACUUGUUGGAGGUUAUCUUUUAAGUACUGCGUUUCUUAAGCAAACUUAACAUCUCCAAACUUGCAAAGGUUCGAAGAGAGCAACUUGUUAAAAGGAUUCAUUUAAGUGCAGAGCUCAACUGCAAUGAAAUGAGCAGUGGCUGAGCAAAAUAAAAUGUGCUCUA